AUGGCUACGGACGACAACACCGAAAUUGAUUGGGGAAAUGAAAGGCUAAUUCGAGCUCAACGGGCUGUAGAAGCAAACGUAUAUGAUGUAGAUUCGUGGUCUCUAUUAAUACGUGAAGCGCAAACAAGACCUAUAAAUGAAGUCCGGACUAUGUAUGAAAAGCUGAUCGCCUCAUUCCCUACUACAGGCCGGUAUUGGAAGAUUUAUAUUGAACAAGAGAUGAAGGCAAGAAACUUUGAAAAAGUAGAAAAGUUGUUUCAGCGAUGUCUCAUGAAGAUUUUAAACAUUGAACUGUGGAGACUCUACUUGAAUUACGUGAAGGAGACGAAAUGCAUGUUGCCAACAUACAAAGAAAAAAUGGCACAGGCAUACGAUUUUGCAUUGGACAAAAUCGGCUUGGACAUCCACGCCUACCCAAUUUGGAAUGAUUACGUCACGUUCCUCAAAAGUGUGGACGCUGUUGGUUCGUACGCUGAGAAUCAGAAGAUUUCUGCUGUUAGAAAAGUUUACCAAAGAGCAGUAAUAACGCCCAUCAUCGGAAUAGAAACUCUAUGGAAAGAUUACAUUGCGUUCGAGCAAGGCAUAAAUACUAUAAUUGCUGAACGUAUGGCGAUGGAGAGGUCAAGGGAAUACAUGAAUGCAAGGAGGGUAGCAAAGGAACUAGAGACGGUGACGCGGGGGUUGAACAGGAACAUGCCGGCCACCCCGCCUAAUGUUGAUAGGGAGGAAAUGAAACAGGUGGAGCUAUGGAAGAAGUACAUAGCAUGGGAAAGGUCCAAUCCCCUCAGGUCAGAGGACACGGCGCUGGUGGCACGGCGCGUGAUGUUCGCCAUUGAGCAGUGCCUGCUGUGCCUCGCGCACCACCCCGACGUGUGGCACCAGGCGGCGCAGUUCCUGGACCACUCCGCCAAACUGCUGCAGGAGAAAGGGGACUCGAACGCGGCGCGGCUGUUCUCGGACGAGGCGGCGGCGGUGUACGAGCGCGCCACCAGCGGCCCGCUCAAGCGCUCCACGCUGCUGCACUUCGCGCACGCCGACUACGAGGAGAGCCGUCUGCACUACAACCGGGUGCACCAAGUGUACACGCGCUACCUGGACAUGGAGGACAUCGAGCCCACGCUGGCCUUCGUGCAGUACAUGAAGUUCGCGCGCCGCGCCGAGGGCAUCAAGUCCGCGCGGACCGUGUUCAAGCGCGCCAGGGAGGACCCCAGAUCCCGUUACCACGUAUUCGUUGCUGCCGCCUUGAUGGAGUACUACUGUUCCAAAGACAAGAACAUAGCGUUCAGAAUAUUCGAGCUGGGACUGAAGAAGUUCUCGCACAUCCCCGAAUAUGUCCUGUGCUAUAUUGAUUAUCUGUCGCAUUUGAACGAGGACAACAACACGCGAGUGCUCUUCGAGAGAGUUCUCUCCUCCGGCAGCCUCAAGCCGGAGAGCUCCGUAGACAUCUGGAACAGGUUCCUGGAGUUCGAGUCCAAUAUAGGGGACUUAGUUAGUAUCGUGAAGGUGGAGAAGAGGAGGCAGGCUGUGUUGGAGAAGAUCAAAGAGUUCGAAGGCAAAGAAACGGCUCAGUUGGUGGACAGGUACAAGUUCCUCGAUCUCUACCCGUGCAGCAUCGCCGAGUUGAAGUCCAUCGGGUACACAGAGGUGGCGUCGAUGUCAAAUAAGUCGUGGGCUCUCGGGGGCCCGCUCGCCGGCAUCUCCCCCGAGCUGGCCGCCGUUAUUUUGGGACAGAAGGAUAACGAUCCCAACAAGGACAUAGCGCGUCCCGACACCAGUCAAAUGAUCCCGUACAAGCCCAAGGCGAACCCCCUCCCCGGGGAACACCCGAUACCCGGCGGCACGUUCCCGAUGCCGUCGAGCGCGGCGCACCUCUGCACGCUGAUGCCGCCGCCCGCCUCCUACCGCGGCCCCUUCGUCGCCGUCGACCGCCUCAUGCAGCUCUUCAACAGGAUCGCCUUGCCCGACAGGCCGCCGGCGCCGAGCCCCGAGAACGGCUGCGACACGAAGCUGUUCGAGCUGGCGCGCUCCGUGCACUGGAUAGUGGACGACGACGGGCUCGCCGCCGUGCACACCAAGAGCCGGCGGCGGCGCGCGGGCGACGACUCGGACUCGGACUCGUGCGGCGCGCCGCCGCUCAACGACGUGUACCGCGCGCGCCAGCAGCGCCGCGUCAAG